AUGAUAAAUGUUAAAGCUGAAGAAUGGGCAAUGGCUACUGCUGAAAAUCUGAUGAGAAUCGGAGUUCCGGUCAACACUUUUUCUGACCAGUUUGGAAAGGUAGAACAACCUACCAAGAACUCAGAUGAGAAGAAAUUUACUGGUUUUUGCGUCGAUGUAUUCAGAGCAGUGACUUUCGAUGCUGCCGUGGGUGAUAUAACGCUGCUUGGUAGAUGGUGGGAAGUUGUGGAAUUUAGUGCACUAUUUACUGCGCCAGUUUGGUUAUUGGAGCAUCGCUCCAAUCCAGAAUUCUGUGGCUCAUGGAAGGACCAACUCGGCAACGUUCUUUGGUUCACCUUUUCAUCACUUUUCUCUGCUCACAGAAUUCAACACAACUAUACUCGAGUGGUGGUGGUGGUAUGGCUUUUUGUGGUGUUGAUCGUAACACAAAGCUACACUGCCAAUUUCUCUUCAAUGCUUACCAUCUCAAGACUUGGUCCAAAUGUGGACUCACUCAUUAAGGACAAUGCCGUAGUUGGCUGCUAUGGCAAUAGCGUUGUAAAAGACUACUUAGCGAAUGUACUUCAUUUCAAAAGGGAGAACAUCAGGGACGACAUUGCCACCAAAUCCCAUUACCUGGAAUCUUUCAAUAAUGGCAGUAUCUCAGCGGCAUUUCUUGAAGUCCCUUAUGCAGAAGCUAUUGUCAAGCAAUAUUGCGAUCUAUUUACGAUCACAGGACCAACAUAUAAAUUCGGAGGACUUGGCUUUGUCUUCCAAAAGGGUUCUCUGAUAGCUGCCAAUGUUUCUAAAGCCAUUCUAACACUAAUGGAGGAUGGCAGUUUGAAAAAAUUGGAAGAUGAGUACUUCCCUACCUCCUGGGAUUGUUCGAACUUUCAAACUGCCAAGGAGAAGGGAAGUAGCUUGAGCCUCCAGAACUUCUGGGGUCUAUACAUCUUCUACAUUGCCAUUUCUACCAUUUGUUUAUUCCUAUUCAUCGUUCACUUGUUGAACAAUCUGCGAGCACCACCAUGA